AUGUCCGACGUCCCACCAACCGAGCCCAUUCCCAAACCAGAGGAACCUAAAGCACCAGCCCCUGCACCUCAGUUCCAGCAAGUCCCUCCACCAAAUUACUACCAAUUUCCACCUCAAGGUUACUACCAAUUUCCACUACAAGGCUUCCCGAACUACCCUCCUCCUCAGCCUAUGCCUUACUUCCCCAACCCUUGGAUGUUUAUGCAAAACCCUGCCCCACAAUUCCAAUUCCAAUACAAAUCGAAGAGAGACCAAGAGUUCGAAGAAGGUCUGAACCGCUUACGCAAAGAGUAUGCUACAGCUCCAAUUGAGAGAAAGUUGUUGCUAAAUUCAGUAAAAAUAAUGUUUAGGUGA